AUGAAGAUGGGUACGGAAGAAUUGAAGGCAAACCUCGACGAGCGACGCCAGGGGAACGAGCAGUCGAAAACAGGGCGCAUUAAUAUGAUGAGGGGCUUCUGCGUUGAACCAGUUCACCACAAGAUAAUCGUUGGCAUGCCGUGGGCGACCCAGUGGAACGCGCAAAUGCGUUCGCCUGAUGACGCCAUAUGGGUCUUCGCGCCAGGAGGUGGUGAGAGUUUGCGCCUCUCAGAGCUCUCAACAGCAUCUGCAUCCUCUAUGAUCAGAGAAGCAGCAACUGUGCCCCAAGGAGAGCGGAGUGUGGGGACUCUCAUGCAGUGCAGAGGCACUGAAGGAAACGGCGGAGAUACGCAUGCAAUCAGUCUCGACAGUUUCGCAAAGGCGGCAGUCUUGCGGCAUUCGAUCCAGUUAACACCCGACGAGCGGCAGAAGUGGGCAAAAUUGAAGGAAGAGUUCUCGGUUGUACUCAAUAACAAAGGGUUACAGGCGGGCAGGCCGCCCGCGUGGCGCUUAAUGGACCGCAUCGGCUUAUUCCCGGCUCAGCCUCAAGCUUACUUGCUAGCUGCUAGCGUCCGCACAUCUUGA